CUUACACAUGGCCCAUACAUGUUGAGCCCAUUAUUCUCUCCCUUCCUGUUUGUAUGAACCUCAAAGCAAGAAUCUGUUAAUACGAUUCUCCCUCUUCUCGAAGCAUUCAACGAUUCCUUAACUAAUUUAUUGUUAAGAAUUGGGUUAUGUUCCCUGUAUUUGUUUCUGUCUUUCUGACAUGCCAUGGAUUUCCAGAAGAACAGGGUUCGGUUUCUUACAAUUCUCUCCGCCAUCCUUGUUCUUAGCAUCAUAGCUGAAAAAUGCAGGGAGCUUGUUGGCGAGAAGGCAUCAUCCAAAAGUGGGCAGUUUACAUUCUUAAAUUGCUUUGAUUUGGGCUCUGGAUCUUUAGCAUGUGGAGUCAAGGAAAGUGUGAAGCUCUAUGUCAACAAUAUUAGAUCCUCCCAUGUUGAAGGAGCAAGGCACAACGCAAUCCGAUCUGCUCUUAUUGACGCUGCUUCGCAGGGUAUGUCACCGACUCACUCAGAAAAAUAUGCUCAGAAAGAAGGUAAAAAAGCGGCGAAAUUGGCUGCUCGUAAGGCCAACCGGAUCAUAGGUCCCAUCAUCUCUUCCGGAUGGGACUUUUUCGAAGCUGUUUACUAUGGUGGUACCUUUACCGAGGGAUUCCUUAGGGGAACCGGUACUUUGUUUGGAACUUAUAGCGGAGGAUUCACGGGGGAGCAGAGACUUGGGAGAUUCGGUUAUCUUGUUGGAAGUCAAUUGGGAAGUUGGGUUGGUGGUAGAAUAGGGCUCAUGCUCUAUGAUGUGGCUAAUGGAGUGCAUUUCAUGUUUCACUAGAUUUCUGUUCAUUGCUCUAGGGGUUCCAUUGUUUAUAAUUACGAAUCCAUCUAUUAUAGGUAAGAAAACAUAUGAAGAUUCUGAACUGAUAUGAAAUACUACAGAAGUUUAUACACCAUUUUUAUUCUUUUCACAUUUUAA